CAACAACACUACCCAAAAUGCUGAACAUCAAACCUUUGAGUAAGCCUUUACAAAAAAUCGCUCAACUCGAAUUGGGAGAAAUUCCCGAUCGAAUACCAACAGACUUGGAAAACUUUAAGCAGUGGAUUGGACAACAACCCCAUCUGAGGACCUGUCAGGAUGAUCAAUUUCUCAUACAAUUUCUACGGGGUUGUAAAUACAGCCAGGAAAGGGCAAAAGAGAAGCUGGAUCGUUACUAUAGUCUCAUGACAAAAUAUCCUGAAAUAUUUUCUGUAACAGAUGUGGAUGAGGCCAUUUUUCGCAAGCAUCACAAUGUGGGAUCCCUCUUACCCCUGCCGUUACCUCUCAAUGACUCCGGUCCACGCAUAAUGCUGUUUCGAUUCAAUUAUUCCCCCAAAACAGUGAACAUCGAAACCGUUUUCCGUUCCAUUAAUGCCAUACCCCAAGUGCUAAUGAUGGACGAUCCCCAUGCCUGUAUUUGUGGUACAAUAUAUCUUGUGGAUAUGUCCCAAGUUACGGCGGGACAUUUGCUGCAAUUAACACCCCCAUUUAUAAAGAAAAUUGUCACCUAUUACGAGAACACUUUGCCACUGCGUGUCAAGGCUAUUUAUUGUCUAAAUAUCACAAAAUUAACCGAACAGCUGCUGAAAUUGAUUUUAUCCUUUAUGAGCGAGAAGCUGAGGAGGAGGGUCUUCAUUUGUGGCAAAGAUUUUCAAAGUCUCUAUGCCACCAUGCCGCAAAAAUAUUUUCCCCAAGAAUAUGGUGGGCUAAAUGGUCAGCUGGAUAAAAUAUCCUCGGAAUUUAAUAAAAAAUGGGAUGAAUAUCGCACAUAUUUUCAAAACAAUGUCAACUAUGGAACCAUUGAAGCUCUACGUCCAGGAAAUCCAAUUGAUUUUGAUGAUAUGUUCGGAUUGGGUGGCUCUUUUAGGAAACUAGAUGUGGAUUGA